AUGAGCCUCUUCAACCUGGACCGCUUCCGCUUCGAGAAACGGAGCAAGCUCGAGGGGUCCCCCGAGGCCGCGCCCCCGGCCGCCCCGCCCGGCCCCUCCUCGCCCAUUUCCCUCAGCGCUGAGGAGGAGAACGACGAGGGGAGCCGGCCCGGGACCCCCGACUCCGACGUCACCGAGAAAACAGAAGAUUCGAGUGUUCCAGAAACCCCAGAAAAUGAAAGGAAGGCGAGUGUGUCCUAUUUCAGGAAUCAGAGGGGAAUUCAGUGCAUCGACCUGUCCUCCGACACGGAGGAUGCCGUGUCCCCAAACUGCUCCCGGGCCCUCCCGAAGAAGGACCUCAGCAGGGACACCGUGAUCAUCGUCUCGGAACCGUCUGAAGACGAGGGGUCCCCAGGGCCCCCUGCGGUGGCGGGCGGCAACGAGGACGAUAUUUCAGAACUGGAAGACAUAAAGGACGCCAAGCUGCAGACCCUGAAGGAGCUUUUCCCACAGCGAAGCGAUGCCGAUUUGCUUAAGCUGAUUGAGUCCACGAGCACCAUGGACGGAGCCAUCGCCGCAGCCUUGCUGAUGUUCGGAGACGCAGAGGGUGGUGGACCCAGGAAAAGGAAAUUGUCUUCUUCUCCAGAGCGGUAUGUGGAAGACGACUUUAGCGACGAGCAGUGCGUGAAGAAGAAGAAACUGGACCAUGAAGAAGAGCCCAGCGAGUCUGCGGAGUCGAGCGGCAGCUGGGAGCAGCAGGAAAGGAUCGUGCUGAAGCUGCAGAAGGAGUUUCCCAACUUUGACAAGCAGGAGCUGAGGGAAGUGCUCAAGGAGCAUGAGUGGAUGUACACGGAAGCGUUAGAGUCGCUGAAAGUGUUCGCAGAAGACCAAGACACGCAGUAUUCUGCACAGAGCGAGUUUCCAAAUGGGAAGGAAGCUUCUUCAAGAAGUCAGAGUUACCCUAAGCCCGCGAGUAAAAAACUGAAACAGAAGUGCUCCCUGAAGCCCCAAAAUGGUUUUAACAAGAAGCGCAAAAAACACGUGCUCAACCCCAAGAGGGUCGUGGAGGACUCGGAGUACGACUCGGGCUCGGAGGCGGGCAGCUCGCUGGACGAGGACUACAGCAGCGGGGAGGAGGUGGUGGGCGACGGCUACCAGGGCAAGAUCCUGCACUUCCUGCAGGACGCGUCCGUGGGCGAGCUCACGCUCAUCCCGCAGUGCUCACAGAAGAAGGCCCAGAAGAUCACGGAGCUCCGGCCCUUUAACAGCUGGGAGUCGCUGUUCACCAAGAUGUCCAAGACCAACGGGCUGUCGGAGGACCUGAUCUGGCACUGCAAGACGCUGAUCCAGGAGAGGGACGUGGUCAUCCGGCUGAUGAACAAGUGCGAGGACAUCUCCAACCGGCUGACCAAGCAGGUCACCAUGCUGACCGGGAGCGGGGGCGGCUGGAACACCGAGCAGCCGUCCAUCCUCAACCAGAGCCUGUCACUCAAACCCUACCAGAAGGUCGGUCUGAACUGGCUGGCGCUGGUGCAUAAGCACGGGCUGAACGGCAUUCUGGCGGAUGAAAUGGGCCUAGGAAAAACUAUUCAAGCCAUUGCAUUCCUGGCAUACCUCUACCAAGAGGGGAAUAAAGGGCCUCAUUUGAUCGUAGUGCCAGCCUCAACCAUAGAUAACUGGCUCCGGGAGGUGAAGCUCUGGUGCCCGGCGCUGAAGGUGCUCUGCUACUACGGUUCCCAAGAGGAACGGAAGCAAAUCAGGUACAACAUCCACAGUAAAUACGAGGAGUACAACGUCAUCGUGACCACGUACAACUGUGCCAUCAGCAGUUCCGACGACCGGAGUCUGUUUCGAAGGCUGAAACUUAAUUAUGCGAUUUUUGACGAGGGCCACAUGCUGAAAAACAUGGGCUCCAUCCGCUACCAGCAUCUGAUGACGAUCAACGCCAGCAACCGCCUGCUGCUCACGGGCACGCCCGUCCAGAACAACCUGCUGGAGCUCAUGUCCUUGCUCAACUUCGUCAUGCCCCACAUGUUCAGCAGCAGCACCGGCGAGAUCCGCAGGAUGUUCUCCUCCAAGACGAAAUCUGCCGACGAGCAAAGUAUAUACGAAAAAGAGAGAAUAGCACACGCAAAGCAAAUCAUAAAGCCGUUUAUUCUCAGGAGAGUGAAAGAAGAGGUCCUCAAGCAACUGCCGCCCAAGAAAGAUCGAAUUGAGCUGUGUGCAAUGUCCGAGAAGCAGGAGCAGCUGUACCUGAGUCUUUUCAACAGGAUGAAAAAGUCCAUCAACAACCUGGAGAAGAACACCGAGAUGUGCAAUGUCAUGAUGCAGCUGCGCAAGAUGGCCAACCACCCGCUGCUGCACCGGCAGUACUACACGCCCGAGAAGCUCCGGGAAAUGGCCCAGCUCAUGCUGAAGGAACCGACCCAUCGUGAGGCUAACCCUGACCUGAUUUUUGAAGAUAUGGAGGUUAUGACGGACUUCGAAUUAAACGUACUUUGUAAACAGUAUCGGCACAUCAAUAACUUCCAGUUAGACAUGGAUUUGAUUUUAGAUUCUGGGAAGUUUCGCGUUUUAGGAUGCAUCUUGUCUGAACUGAAACAGAAGGGCGAUAGAGUCGUCCUGUUCAGCCAGUUCACCAUGAUGCUGGAUAUUCUCGAGGUUCUCCUGAAGCACCAUCAGCACAGGUACCUCAGACUGGACGGGAAGACGCAGAUAUCAGAAAGAAUUCAUCUCAUUGAUGAGUUCAACACCGAUAUGGAUAUCUUCGUGUUUCUGCUGUCGACAAAAGCUGGUGGCCUCGGAAUCAACCUGACUUCAGCUAAUGUCGUUAUUCUGCACGACAUCGACUGCAACCCUUACAACGACAAGCAGGCAGAGGACAGGUGCCACCGAGUCGGCCAGACGAAAGAAGUGCUAGUCAUAAAACUCAUAAGCCAAGGGACGAUCGAAGAAUCCAUGCUCAAAAUCAACCAGCAGAAGCUGAAGCUCGAGCAGGAUAUGACGACUGCUGACGAAGGGGACGAGGGCAGCGUGCCCGCCGACAUCGCCACGCUGCUCAGGACGUCCAUGGGCCUGUGAGGCCGGAGCCGGAGGGGCCGCCGCGACCGACCGGACACCAGGACGCCCAGCACGGCCGGGGACUGACGGACCUUCUCGACUUUUCUAGUUUCCAUGUUCCCUUUCUCACAGUCCGGGCGACUUUUUUGGCCACUCACUGAAUUCUCCAGAUGCUUCGUAAGGAUUCGGGGGCGGGGGGUAUCAAAGCCACAACUCCUAGUGCUGACGACGUCGAGGAAUCAUUUUGCAAACAGUUUUUCUGAGCGGGGAUUAGUUGGUGAUUGUUUGUAACAAAUCCGCUGAUGCUUUAGAAAUGUCAGUAUUUUUGUAAUUAUUUCUACCUCCAAAUAUAUAUAUAUUGUCUUUCACUGGA